CUUUUCUUUUAUAAAUCAGCCCCCACAUCGAACAAUCGGAUCGCUGAGACAAUCUGAAGACGAGGCGUUUCCAGUGUCUGGUUCGCUAUACCUUACCCGACAGUCUUCUUCUUCCCGUCCCGGUGUUUGAUGUGCGGUCGAAAAAACGCCGCACAAACGAGCAGUUUCUCGGCGCAAAACCACAUUCCUGAAACGAAGAUGAAAAGAUAACGAACGCGAGGAAGAAUAUGACGACAAAUAGACAUUUUAACAGUCCGGAAUCACGAAACGGAUGUUUCCCUUUCCAGGACUGCGUGUUACCAUCGAGGAGACGUGCGGUCUCGGGAUGUCCGAUGUAACUACUGGCGAAGUCGAAUUUUUUGCGAAUGUUUAAAGUGCGUCCUGAGGAACAAAGGAAAAAAUAACACAGUUUGGUGUAGUCGUUAAUUCUAUUUAUACAGCAGCACACGUAGACUUUUCAGUCUUCAUGGGGCUACAGUGGAUGCUUUUUAGCGAAGAACAAAUGAAGAUUAGCGCGAGGUCUUCAGUAUAGUUUUGGAUUGUGAUUUACACGACUGUCACUUGGUCACUUUAAAAUGUUUAGCAACUUGUUUAAGAGGCUUCUUUCUUAAAAUCGGUGUGAUGCUCGAUUCAAAACACCUUUUUUGCUCAAACCACUAAUUUCAAAUUUACAUGUAAGAAACCUAAUAAUAUAGACUUUGAAGAGGACACAAUAAGUAAACAUGGCAGAUGAAGGCCGAAUAACAAUUCUCAACAUUGGACUGUUUACCAUGUUGGUCAUUCUUGGUCCAGUGGCUGCUGCUCAAAGCGAGUGGAGGGACUGCGCUUACACAAAAAAACAAGAGGCCCAGACAGAGCGAUUUGGAGAUAAAUAUGGAGAACUGGAGAGGAAAUCUGAAGGAGGGACUGUCUUUCGUGAGAACGCUACGAUUCGCUGUAAUAAUCACAUACAUGUAUGCUUCGGACUCUGGAAGGAAGAAAAUAAUGAAUUACAGAUAGUGAUACAGGGUUGCUGGUCAGGCAGUGAAAACCCCCCAGUGUGCGACAGCAGUUGCGUGGUGACCAACACGCCACAAGUGGUCAACAAUAAAACCUUUCGCUUCUGCUGUUGCAACAAGGACAUGUGCAACAUGAACUUCACCGAUGGCUUCCCGACCCUCACCACCUCACAGCCUCCCUAUUCUCGCCGGCAGGUUGCAAUAGUUGUCCCCUUAGCAACCGUCUUCAUGUUUACCGUGCUUGUUGUUCUGCUUUUCUUCUACAUCUUGAGAAGGCCCGGUAAACACACUCUGCACAGUCUGGAUGUGCUGGAGUCUGUGUUUUCCCCUCCAUCUUUAGAUCCUUUAGAUCUGGACAACCUUAAAUUUAUGGAGCUGAUUGGUAGAGGUCGGUAUGGCUCGGUGUAUCGCGUUUCGCUGGAUGAACAAUCGGUGGCGGUGAAAGUUUUCAUCGCAGCUAACCGCCAGCAGUUUACCAAUGAGAGGAUGAUUUAUCGCCUCCUACUGAAGCACGAGAACGUAGCACGCUUCCUAGACAGCGAGGAACGCGUCGGCACAGAAGGGAGGAGGGAGUUUCUACUCCUGCUGGAGUUUUACCCUCACGGCUCUCUCUGCACGUAUCUCAACGGGCGUUCUGUGGACUGGCUGAGCUGCUGUCGAUUGGCGCUUUCAGCCACCCGAGGCCUGGCGUACCUGCACACAGAGAUAAGAAAAGGAGACGUGUAUAAACCCGCCGUGUCCCACCGGGAUCUAAACAGUAGGAAUGUGCUAGUGAAGGCAGAUGGUUCAUGUGUGAUCAGUGAUUUCGGACUGGCCAUGAUUCUGACGGAAAAGAGACCGCCCGGUCAGGGAGACGUGGACAAUUGCUCCAUCAGUGAGGUUGGUACGGUGCGCUACAUGGCCCCGGAAGUGCUGGAAGGCUCUGUCAAUCUGAGAGAUUGCGAGACUGCAUUGAAACAGGUGGACGUUUACGCGCUGGGUCUGCUCUACUGGGAGACUUUCAUGCGCUGCUCUGACCUCUUCCCAGGUGAGACUGUGCCAGUGUUUCAGAUGGCAUUUCAGGCAGAAGCGGGCAACCACCCGACCAUAGAGGACAUGCAGGCGCUUGUGUCCAGAGAAAAAGAAAGACCCAAAUAUCCAGAAGCCUGGAAAGAGAAUAGCCUGACUGUCCGCUUACUGAAAGAGACGAUGGAGGACUGCUGGGAUCAGGAUGCCGAAGCACGACUCACGGCUCAAUGCGCGGAGCAGAGACUCGCCGAUCUGCUUUCUAUUUGGGAGCGAGAGAAAUCGGCCAGUCCUGCUCUCAACCCAAACACUGCGCUAUAUAACCAUAGAAACAUCUCUACUGGACAGCAGACACCCGUGGGUUCCCACGCUGAAUAUUCAUCCACACACACCGAAGACCAUGACACCUCUGCCGACCCACCCUCAGUUGGAGGGUCUAAUCCGGCAGAGAAGAACAGUAACUGCAUCAACUACGAAUGGCAGCAGGCCCAAUUAUGGCAGCCUGUCACGGAAAGCUCCUCCACCACUCCUGUUUCAGAGUCCUGCACUGCCAAUUAUUUUCCACCAGGGGGCAGCAGUGGUCCUCCCUGUAUUCAGCUGACCCAGGAAGACCUAGAGAUUCCCAAGCUGGACCCAAGCGAAGUCCAGAAGAACUUGCGGGAAAGCUCUGACGAGAGCCUGAUGGAACAUUCCCAGAAACAGUUCUGCUCUCCAGAAACGUUGACCUCACCCAGCCCGUUCUACCCCCUCAUGAACAUGGCUUCUGAAGUUUCAGGGUCGCAGGGUUCCAGUCGCAAUGCCGACGCCCCUGUAACAAUCUUACCCAAGCAGCAAAACGUCCCUAAGAGACCAAGUAGCCUGAGCCUCCACUCGAAAACAUCUUCGCUGCGGAUGAAGUUUGGAAAACUUGGCAAAUCCAAUCUGAAGAAAGUCGAGAUGGGCGUGGCCAAAGCCUGUGCGUUGAACCUGGCCCAUGAGGCCCAGCCGAUCACGGUUGCCAACAAUGAUGCUGCGGCAAGGGCGAACAAAAUCGUGUCCGGUUCGGCACCCGAGUCAGCGGGUGAGGUGAGUUCAGAUGACCUGACCUUCAGCCUCCUGACCACUAGCCCCGACGAACAAGAGCCUCUUCUGAGAAGAGAGGCAUGUCCUGACAACGCAAAUAAUAACAACAGCAAUAACAACAAUGGAGAGGGGGAUGGAGACGCUGAGGCUGAAGGGGAUGGAGGAGAGAGCAACGAGAACGUUGGUUCGACAGGAGAAGCUUCAUCCGCAUCUAACACAGAGCCUGUUGUACCACCUGAUACCCAUCCUGCCCCGCCCACGGUUCCACCACAGGCCCAGAGCCAACCCCAGAUACACGGAGAGGCUCUGCUCAGACAGAACCGGGGGCGCAGACCCGAGAGGCCCAACUCGCUGGAUCUGUCCAUCACCACACUGCCUUUACUAGGAGGCAGAUCUGAUGGGGAUGUGACGGAGGGAUCGGCCGAUAAAAUCAAGAAGAGAGUGAAGACGCCUUACGCUCUCAAGAAGUGGCGUCCCGCCAGCUGGAUUAUCACCACGGAAACCCUGGAUGCUGAAGUCAACAACAACAGUCGUCAUGGAGGUCAGAAUCAGGCUGGGACCAGCAGACCCAAAUCAGCCUCAGCUGUGUAUUUAGGCGGUCGGGGAGGAUCCCGCUUUUCCACAGAUCCCAAUGAUUGUGACUUUUGAACUUUGACCUCACUUUCAUUUCAUGAAAACUGAGGAUUUCUGAAGGCUGUAGUGACGUAUGUGCCCGGUCUUAAAGUUAACCUCAGUAAUGAGCACAGUAUGAGUCUUAGUGGCUUUAUAAUGAAAAGAGCUAUGCAGCCAUCAGUUUCAUGUUUGGUGAUCUUUUGAUGUGCAUUUGUUUGUUUUUGUUAAUCACGUCUUUAUUUUUUGGUGCACUUUUUCUGAAAGAAAGUUAUAAAUCAGAUCCAAGAUCAGAUGGAUAUGAGACCCUGUCCGUGAAAACCCAGGUCAAGUCAUUUUUUGUGAUUUACGAUUUAAAAUCAUUCUAAAUAAUGUAGAAAGCAUUCCGUGAAAAUAUAAUCUUGAAAUCUUUAUUAUUGAUUGAGGCAAUUAAAUCAAUGUUAGAAAUCUGUUCAAAAUCAUAAAAUGUUUUGUCAAUCAAAUAAUUAAUUUCAGUGUUAAACAUGAAAAUGUAAUUAUUGUAUAUCGAAAUCUGUGAAUUUGGACAUCCGAGGUCUUAUAAAAACAGACGAUAUGUCUGUUUUUAUGAGACUUUGGAGGUCCAAAUUCACAGCUUUUCAGGAAAUUGAAGAAAAAAAACCACUGUAUGUUAAAUACUGUGUUGUCAAAGUUGACAAGCACUUUUAAUCAAUUUUAUUGGUUGGAUAUUGGCAAAACCCAGUGACAAACAUAAAUAGUGACUAAUAACAAUUAUUUAUGGCAAAAAAUAAAAAUGACAAAUUAUGGAGAUACAAGGUUUCAGAAGGACAAUGGCGAUAUCAUCUAUUAUUUACAGAGAAACAAACAUUACCCAUUUUUGACUCAUAAAAACAUCAUUUUCAAAGACAGGGUCACAUAUGUAAAAAUGGUGACUACUUUAAACUAAAUGUAAAUGAAAACUUCAUCGCAUUUCCACAGUCGUUGAAAACCUGGAAAUAUCAGGGAAUUUUGAAAUUGUGAUUUCCGGGCCUGAAAAACAGAGUAGAUACAAUACAAUCUUUAAAAUGGAAAUUCCCCAGUGAUGCUCCUCUCAAAAUAAUUGAAUCUCCUAAAAUCUUUAUAAAAUACAUUAAAAAAAUGAUUGGAAAGUAAUGUUAAGAGUAGAAUGUUAAGAGAAGUACAGUGUGGUAUUACUCGGAACAAAUCGGAAUACAUUUACUAUCAUCCCACGAGGAAUUUUGACAUGUAUGAAACGUAAUUUCACUGACAUUCCUGUGUGAUUCUGUGGGCACAUCAUCUAGUACUCAUAAAUGCUAUUGUGUGUGCGAUAAACUUUUUCAUAAAUGCAGCAACAUAUUUCACUGUGGUGACGCAACAUAUCUCAGCAUCAAAUACAAAAAAAUAUUUAGAAAUGGUUGAACUCUACAAAGACCACUGACAUAACCACAGACACUGAAGUCGCACUUUUCUGCUUUCUGUACAAUUACAAGUUUACUCAGAGACAAAAGACAACGCUGCACUUGGUCUGGAACACUUGCCGUUCUGGAUCACCCUGUUAAGAUGUCUACUGACAUGCUUUGACCUGCUUGUUAUUCGCUUAUUUUCUAUGUGUGUGAAGGAGAUGAAUGAUCCUCGUGUUCCUGUCUCAAGUUGUGUGAAAGGUUUUUGUGCUGCAUGUUUGUAUGUUAUUUUAUGGGGAUUGUCAUGUGACCGUUUCAAUCAUUUGAUGAUAAAGCACAACACACAGGAGCUGCGUUUUACAAAGACAUAGCAGCUUUGGUCUGACAUUUAAAAUUCUUGUAUUUAUGAUCUGCUCUGGCAUGUCAGUGAUAAUUAAAUGGACAUUGUCAUUUUAAUCCUAUAAGCAGUGUCCCGUAUUAUCCGCACGUGACUGCCGCAUGUCUUACAUUCAUCUUGUAGAGCACAAAAUAUUUUCACCUGAGACCCUGUAAUGUGUGCGUGCUUAUGCAUUUGUAUGUAUGUGAGUGUUAUUGUGAUGUUUUCUCCUUUGAACACAAUCGUUGUAAUCGUGUUGUGGUCAAUCAUUUUUUACCCCUUUGCUGAGACAUUUUAAAAAUUGUGAUUUGUAUAACAAGGUGCAGAUUGUAUUGUUAUUUGCAAACUUUAAUUAAAUUAUGCUUUGCAUUUGCAUAAUUAAAGAUUUUACUAU